UUAUUUGUUCGUGCUCACAGAUGUGUUGCAUCUUUUCUUUAUUGACUCGAUGAUUUAAGCCUUGUUCGAAGCCCAGCUGAUGUCCACGGUGCAUUUAUCUGGGAUAACCUGUCAGCUUCAUUUUUAAAACAUGAAGUCCUGCAGUAACCACGAGGGCAGCUCACUGAGCUGGGCCUUCACAUGCAGCAGUUUUCUGAUUUCUGAACGCUGCAACUUCCUGUAACUCUGCUGCUGGAACACCUGGAUUUCCACAAUAAAGCAUAUUUCUGUUCUAUAUUUCUAUGAGUGUUUACAGGCUGCAGGAUGUGUGGGUAGGCGGUAAAAAUGCCUUCUUUGGGAUUACAGUUUUUCUUGAUUGGUUAUAGUGUUUAAGCAAUCUAAUGAAGCCAAAUUUCAAAAGCAUAAUGCCACUUUCCAAAGAGCACACCCAUUUCCCUGAGCUAUGAACACUAUGAACCAUUCCUGUGGUCACUCCGAGGAGUUACUUUAGAACCUUAUGUCGUGUGCACCUCCAGGCCGAGGCGACGCCUGCCACUUUGGCUCAAACAACGACGGAUGGUGCGAUCUGGCACUGAUGUUCCUUGAGCAUGAAGUUCAGCUUGGAUCUCUUUAGAAGUCUUUCUGCGCUCUUUUGUUACCAUUCGGAUUAUCCAUCUCAAUUUCCCUCCUGCGUCCAGGGAGGUUGGCUCCCAUGGAUCUGAAAUUUGUGAAUGCCGUGCAGCUGUAGUCACAGGAACAUCUAGCUGCUUGGAGAUGGUCUUAUAUCUUUUACCUUUAAUCAUUUUGUCCAGGCCGGUUUCAUGCAUUUAUUUUUUAAAUAAUUCAUUUGAAGCAUGGUUGAAAAGCAGUGUCCAACUUUCAUUGGUUAAGAUUAAUAGAAUUUUUAUUUAUUAUUACUUUUGUCAGAUUAAAGUUAUUUCUGGGACCAUUGUGGGUACCACCUUUGUCUACGUCUGUACAUUGGUUGCAUUUUUUGUGUUCAAUGUGUACAACUAUGUUAUUGUGUGUGUGUUUUUGAGGCCUUGUGUGUGCUGUCUGUGGCAAAGUUUGGUUUUUCAGCAGGGUGAAUGGUUUUGAGUGUAGAGCUGCAUUUCAUCCUGAUAACACGAUGUUUGGGAAAUAUGGUGAGACGUUAUGGAUUUGUGUUUACUGUUUGGGGAAUACGAGGCAUAGUUUCAAGGACUGUGUUUAAGCACUCGAGGAAAACGGUAAUAAAGCUGAUCUGAGCACAGCAGCCGAGUGACCCUGAGCUCCUUAUUAGUGUUUAAAAUGAUAUCGUUAUGAGGCGGAGGAGGAAACGCGGCUUUUUGUCCACUUUAAUGAGCUCUGCAUAAAUAUUUGGAGGCUGGCUGAGAGUCCGGGCUGCUGCUCGGAGGGUCGAGGAACUCGGAUGGCAGAUCUGUGACUGCACUGCAGCACAUUUGUGUCAGAGCGGAGGUUAAUCAAAUAACAUGGAGGAAAAGAGAUGAUAUUAGGACUGUAAAUAAGCACUCUGACAGUGCUGGAAGUUUCCGUUUGCUUCUCUGUGCCUGCUGCAGUGUCUUCACUAACGGUAAUGCUGGGAGGAAGAUGAAGUUAAAACCCGUGUGGUGGUAACUGAAGCUGGGCUCAUCUUCUCUAAUGUGUCAUUACAUCCCACAUCUGAUGACGUCAGGACGAAGGCUGCAUGUAAACUGCUGCAGAUGGACUGAUGGACAGGCAGACAGCGGCAAGCUGAGCAGCUCCAACAUCCCCGGAAACAUGGAACCGACGCCUACUUUGCUCCGCCUCUCCGUCAACACCUCCCGUGUGCCUCCGCUCUCACCACCAUAUCCGUACAGCACCGCUCAGCUGGUCCUCAUUGCCAUGGUUACCACCUCCCUCAGCAUCCUCACCGUUCUCGGCAACACUUUGGUGAUCCUGUCCAUCAAAGUGAACCGUCACCUGCAGAUGGUCAACAAUUACUUCCUGCUGAGCCUGGCGGUGGCCGACCUGAUCAUCGGCCUGUUCUCCAUGAACGUGUACACGCUGUAUAAGCUGCAGGGCCGCUGGCUGCUGGGCCCCGUGCUAUGUGACGCGUGGCUCGUCCUUGACUACGUGGCGAGCAGCGCCUCGGUCCUGAACCUGCUGCUCAUCAGUCUGGAUCGGUACUUUUGCCUGACGCGACCGCUCAGCUACCCAGUGCGGCGGACGGGCAGGAUGGCGUGCCUGAUGAUUGCUGCCGCCUGGCUGCUUUCUUUCAUUCUCUGGGCUCCCGCCAUCCUGUCCUGGCAGACAGAUAAGGGCGGGCGCGUCGUCCCUAACGAUCAGUGUUACAUCCGUCUACUUGUUAGCCCUGCUGUUACUAUGGGGACGACUCUUCCCUCCUUUUACCUGCCGGCAAUCAUCAUGAUCGGCCUCUACAGCCACCUGUCAGUUGCCAGCUGCAGCCGAAUGAGUGUGCUCAUGCCAAACCAGGGUGCUCUCAGGGCUUCCAGUCCCUCCUUAAAAGACUUCCUGCUGAGGCGGCGAGGCAUGGAGACGAGAGACCCCUGCUCAGACCUGACCCCGAAUCAGCUCCAGUCCUGCACGCCAAAGACCAGAAGGAAGAAGAAGACAUGUAGAAGUCCAGAUGAUACAGCGCAGGCCGAGAGUAGCUGGAGACACUGGAAGCAUCCCUCUCAAACUGCUGUCAAACCCACCGGAGACGAAGACCACAACAAGACUGAAUCUGAAGACUCAUUCAACGCUGACCUCCACAGGGCGGCCUCGGCAGUCUUCUCCUCCUGCCCCGACAUCAGCUCACAUGAGAGGAGGCGGCAGCGAGUGAUAGCGAGGGAGAGGAGGGUCACGAGGACCAUCCUGGCCAUCAUCCUGGUAUUUGUCCUCACCUGGACGCCGUACAAUGUCAUGGCCGUUGUUGCUGCCUUCUGCCAUUGCCGCAUUCCUGACGCCCUGUGGACCACAGGAUACUGGCUGUGCUACGUGAACAGCACUGUCAACCCCGGCUGCUAUGCCCUGUGCAACGUGACCUUCAGAAAAACCUUCUGCAGCCUCCUGCGCUGCCGCUGCAGGCGGCUGUAACAGCACUGGUGUUUUUUUGUUUUGUUUUUGGCAGCUGGCUUUUUGCUUUCCUUUCAUGGAGUUUGGUCCUAUCGCAGGUUUCCAUCUAAAUGUAGAAGGAGAUUUAAGAUGGGCAAAACAAAUGCGAACAAAAGGUUGUUUCCAUCCUUGCAGCUCAGUGGUUGGUCUGACAAACAGCCGGUGGUGCAAAACGUCCUUAAAUCAAAGCAGAUAAUGCCAUCAUGUCUCCAUUUCCAGCUCAGAUGACAUGGCCUCUUAUCACAAUUUGGGCUGUAAAUGUUUGAUGUUUAUGUAGUUAAUUAAUCCAUCUACUUCCUGCUGCUUCUCCAUGAUGUGUUUAAUGAGCAGUGACUGAUGUAACAAGGCAUAAAUGCUGUCAAGGCUGCAGCUACUGUUCAUCUUUAUUAUUAAGAAAGUGUUUGGUAGAUGCAGCACAAUAAAGGAAAUAAAACGGCGUCAUUACUGCUAAGAAACACGUUUAAGGCUGUGAACAUGCUUAUUUCUGGUAGAAAGUUUUAACAUGAAAGUCUAUGACUCUGCUGGAGCCUCUAGUGGACUUUGGCUGCCUCAGAGGUUGCUUGGUGGAGACCAGAAGCAGAGUUAAAGCAGAUUUUUGUGUUUUUAGUUGAAACUGUAGAGGACCGAGAAUAGAACCCUGAGGAACUCCUGGAGAACUUACCGACACUUUAAAUGUGGAGAAGUCGAUCUGUCUGCUUAAAGAUUCGGGUCAC